AUGCGAAAAGAGCUGCUCCCAGGCACCGCUACAUCCUCAUCUGUGUCUGUGACAGCCACACUGCACAGCGGAAAGCAAGCCAUUCUGUACUUCCGUUUGAGGAGACGUUCACGUGAUAUAUUCCCUUUAAACAACAUCUGCCAUAUGAAUUGGGUUGGCGGUUCAAGGAGCCGCCUUGUGCUCAAAGAGGACAAGAAACAGAGAGAAUUCUUUGAGAAGAUGAAAGUGCAGCAGAGGCUCAAGAGCCUGGGUUUGCCUCUACCAAACUCCUCUGAGGUGUCCUCCAGCAGCAUGGACAUGGUCACACUGUUUAUUGUCAAUCAGAUUGCUGUCAAAAAGGAGAACAAAGGUCCUCCCAAAGUAGCUGUCCUGAGCAGUGGCAGUCGCGCACCUUUCAAACAGAGACACCAUGAACCUCUGGUGCUCCCAAUGAGCCCCUGCUCACCCUCAAAGCUCAGCCUGGUGGAGAGCCAGACUCAUCCUUGUCAUGACUACAGAAAAAGAAAACAUCUUUCCAAGUUGUCCCCAGUGCUGGAGACUGGUUUCUCAGACAACAGUGCAUCAGAUUAUGUCCCUCACACUGCUGAUGCCCCCAGCCCUUUCUCCACAUCAUCAGCAUCCUCAUCUUCAGGACAAGGAGCAGGAAUGUUUGCCACUCACGUAAAUGAACCUCAAAGCAGUGAGAGCCACGCAGAGCCACAGGCAUCGGGGGGCUCCAAACUUAAUCUGUUUCAGUCUCUUUCUCAGCCCACAGAGAUGAAGUUUGAACAACUGGAGACGCCUUUUGCUGCCCAAGUCCUGCUCGGCACUCCCUGUCCACUAGAGGCAGAGGGGAGGGACCUCGGAGAUCCAAUAGAAGACAAGGAUAUUUUCAAGGCUGGAAAAUCCGUGGCUCAAGUUGAGGAGAACCUAAAGUCAAGGAUUCAUCUCAAAAGUCCGUCUUUGACUGUUAGUCCAGUCCAGCCCUCCAGGCCACAGAUCGUUUCCAGCACGUGGUCAAGUGAGCUCCAAUCGUGUGACAAUGCCAGCUUUUCUUGUCCAGGAAACAGCAGUGGUAUUUUGGACCUGGGCCAGUAUUCCCCACGAUGCUUCAGUUCUAGUGAUGAGGAGGGGGACACAUGUGCAGAGUCCCUUGUGAAGACUUUCUCAUCUGCAGAAUGUAACCGACCCUCUCUGUGGACCUCACAGAAAUUGCCUCUUUGUCCACCUUUGAAACGCAGACUGAAAAUGACAGAGGAAGAAAGCGUGAGUGAGCAGGAAAAGAAGAAAACCAACAAGGCUGGAGUGGAAGUAAAGAUGGGAGCGGAGCCAAACCCAGAGCGUAUACACACCGAAUAUCUAACGCCGACUUUCAACCUCGCUGCAUUCUCUUGUGGCAUGAAAUAA